GACGCAAAUAAGAAUCCGUCUCCCAUUUCAAAGCACAGUAGGAAUUUUCACUCAAAUCGCCUUCGCCUUCGCCUUCAAACCCUAACGGUCGGGUCCCGGCCACCGGGCGGCGAACGAUGUCCGGAAGCGGAGGGCGCACCAUCACGGUGCUUAACGUGGCGGAGAAGCCGUCCGUGGCUAAGGCGGUGGCCGGAAUUCUGUCCAGGAAUCAAGGGCUGAGAGUGAGGGACGGGAGGUCCAGGUACAACAAGGUCUUCGAGUUCAACUACUCGAUAAGAGGGCAGCCGUGUCAUAUGAUGUUUACUUCCGUCACCGGCCACCUCAUGGAGCUCGAGUUUGAUGACCGCUUUCGCAAGUGGCAUUCCUGCGACCCUGCCGAUCUCUAUCACGCCCCUGUUCGUAAGUUUGUCCCUGAGGACAAAUUGGAUAUCAAGAGGACCUUGGAGGAGGAAGCUAGGAAGUCUCAAUGGCUUGUAUUGUGGCUUGAUUGUGAUAGAGAAGGAGAAAACAUUGCAUUUGAAGUUGUAGAAGUUUGUGCAGAAGUAAAUCGUCGUCUUACUUUAUGGAGGGCUCGAUUUUCUGCAUUAAUUGACAGGGAAAUCCACGAAUCAGUGCAGAAUCUUGUUCGGCCUAAUCAGCUGUUUGCUGAUGCGGUGGAUGCUAGGCAAGAAAUAGACCUUCGGAUUGGUGCUUCUUUCACCAGGUUUCAGACCAUGCUGUUGAGAGAUGCAUUUGUUUUUGAUUUCAGUACAGAUGACAGAAAUCUUGUUCUAAGUUAUGGUCCUUGUCAGUUCCCGACGUUAGGUUUUGUUGUCGAGAGGUAUUGGGAAAUACAAUCACAUGAGCCUGAAGAAUUCUGGACUAUCAACUGCACUCACAACUCAGAUGAAGGCACUGCCAGCUUCAAUUGGAUGCGAGGACAUUUGUUUGAUUACGCUUGUGCAGUAAUAAUUUAUGAAAUGUGCGUCCUGGAACCCACUGCAACUGUUACAAAAGUUAGACAGCAGGACAAGCUGAAGUAUCCUCCACAUCCUCUAAACACUAUUGAGCUUGAAAAGCGUUCAUCAAGAUACUUCCGGAUGAGUUCUGAACAAACCAUGAAGGUGGCGGAAGAACUAUACCAGGCUGGUUUUAUUAGUUAUCCUCGUACAGAGACUGACUGCUUUUCAGCCAGGACUGAUUUGCAUACAAUUGUGCAAGAACAGCAAGGGCAUCCUGUUUGGGGUUCAUAUGCGCAGCGAUUGUUGGAUCCUGAGUCAGGACUCUGGAGAAAUCCUAGCAAUGGUGGACAUGAUGACAAAGCCCAUCCACCCAUUCACCCAACAAAAUUUUUUGUUGGCGAAUCCAGAUGGAGUCAAGAUCACCAUAGGUUGUAUGAGCUUGUUGUUCGUCAUUUCCUGGCUUGUGUCUCACAGCCAGCUGUUGGAGCUGAAACAACAGUUGAAAUUGAUAUUGCUGGUGAAUUGUUUUCAGCAACUGGGAGAAUAAUAAAAGCCAAAAAUUACUUAGAGGUUUACCGCUUUGAAUCAUGGGGAGGUUCGAUGAUACCAACUUAUGUCUUUGGACAGCAGUUUAUCCCAACAACACUUACACUUGAUUCUGGCGUUACAAGGCCUCCUGCACUUCUAAGUGAAGCUGAUCUCCUAAAUUGUAUGGACAAGGCUGGCAUCGGUACAGACGCAACAAUGCAUGAUCACAUAAAAAAGCUGCUCGAUCGAUUUUAUGCAACUAAGGAUUCAAACACUCGUUUUUCACCAACUAAUCUAGGUGAGGCAUUAGUUCAAGGAUAUGAUGACAUGGGGUAUGAGCUCUGGAAACCUUAUCUUAGAUCAGUGAUGGAGUCUGACAUGAAAGCGGUGAGCCUAGGAACAAAGAGAAAAACUGAAGUUUUAGCGACUUGCUUGCAGCAAAUGAAAGCUUGUUUCUUAGAUGCAAGGGUAAACAAAGGAAAAUUAUUAGAUGCUAUGGCGGUUUUCUUUGAGAGGUCUAAUAGAUCCGCUGGUGAGGAGGGGCAUGCGGUGGGAGAAGUUGUACGGAAAUGUCAUCUUUGCCAGGUGUCAGAUAUGGUCCUUAGGCGAAAACCGGAUGGCUUUUUCAUGGUUGGAUGCUUGGGUUUUCCACAGUGUAGGAAUGUUGUUUGGCUUCCUGGGUCUGUAGCAGAAGCAACUGUCACUACUAGCACUUGCAACUCUUGCACCCCAGGUCCUGUUUACUUGAUUCAGUUUAAGUUUCGCCGGCUGGAGAUACCCCUGAAUUACAGUGUUGAUCAUUUGGGUUGCAUUGGUGGCUGUGAUGAUACUCUCAGACAGUUGAUAGAAAUUUGUGGAACUGGUUCCCGCAAUUCUAGCAUACCAGCAAGAGGGCGAGGGCCAACUGCAUCUUCCAGCAAUGCCCAACAAAGUACGAGGCAGAGUGCUUGCCCUCACUGCAGGCAUGUGGGGCAUUCUUCAAGGGACUGCCCCUCACAGAUUUCUCAUUCUCUAAAUGCUCGUUCUCAAAAUGCUCGAUCUCAUGGGAUGAAUGCACAAAAUGGAGAAUCUUCAAUUCCAUGUAGUUCCUGUGGAACACCAUGCAUUCUACGAACAGCCAAUACCGCAAAUAACAGGGGACGAAAGUUCUACUCCUGUCAAUCCCAGGAGUGCAACUUCUUUGUAUGGGAGGAUAAUCUUAGUAACAGUGCUGGAGGAAGAACUUUGCGUGCAAGCACCAAUGGUUCAGCAUCUAAUCCCAACAGGAGGGCUGGCCAUGGCCGGGGUGGCAGGAGUGGUGCCCGUGGCUCUGACAUGACAUUUGUGUCGGCAACUGGUGAUCCUGUAUCUGAUAGAAGGUGUUUUGUUUGUGGUGAUCCAUCACAUUUUGCAAAUGUAUGCCCAAAUCGCGGUAUGUGAACUCGCCCUCACCAAAGUGGUUUUUUAGUCCUCCAUCCACUUCUUUAAAGAGUGAUUAUGUGCUGAAAAUAUAGAAAUAUGGUUUGGCACCACAUUUUUGUAGUUGGGCUGUAAAGACUUGUACAGCUAGUAAAUUUCAAUUAGCAAGUUCAUGGUCAAGUAAUGUUUAUUUAUGAUAUCUCUUAUGCCUCCAAGAGGACAAUGAAAUGUUCCUAAAAGAAUUUUUUUUGAAAAA